CAGCUUAUGCUUAUAAUAGGAGUCGGUGUAUGAUAUGGGAAGGAGCUCUUUUGAACUUACAGCAACUUCCAUAUGGUGGCGAGAUUGGACAAGAUAUCUACCUCAGACUUGCUGCUGUUGAGUAUCCAAGUACCCAAGAAUCAGGCAACAAAUGGAAAGUAUGGGUAGCUGUGCUGGUCCCUGCAACAGGGCUUAUCUUAUGCCUCUCAAUUUGGUUUUCAUGCAAAGGAAGGCUCAAACGCAAAGAUCAAACAGGAGAGAGACCUUCAAGUUAUAAUCUACUAUUAUUUGAUUUUGAUGCUGAAAUUCAUGCAAUCAAUGAUGAAAUGAAUACCAACAAUAAUAUGAAGAAGAGAGAGAAGGAUGCCGAGUUACCACUUUUUAGUUAUGAGAGUGUAUUAGCUGCAACAAAUAAUUUCUCAGCUGUGAAUAAACUUGGAGAAGGAGGUUUUGGACCUGUUUACAAGGCAAAAUUACUCAGAGGGCAAGAAAUUGCAGUGAAGAUGCUUUCAAAAAGAUCUGGACAGGGUAUUGAGGAGUUCAGAAAUGAGACAAUACUAAUUGCAAAACUCCAGCAUAGAAAUCUUGUCAGAUUGUUAGGUUGUUGUAUCGAGCAAGAUGAAAAGAUAUUAAUGUAUGAGUACAUGCCGAAUAAAAGUUUGGACUUCUAUCUUUUUGAUCCAACCAAGAAAAAGAUGUUAGGCUGGGAGACACGCAUACGCAUUAUUGAAGGGAUCGCCCAAGGGCUUCUUUAUCUUCAUCAAUAUUCAAGGUUACGAAUCAUACAUAGAGAUCUAAAACCUAGUAACAUUCUCUUGGAUAGUGAAAUGAAUCCAAAAAUAUCAGAUUUUGGCAUGGCUCGAAUAGUUGGAGGCAAUGAAACACAAGCAAACACAAACCGAAUUGUUGGAACUUAUGGCUAUAUGUCUCCUGAAUAUGCUAUGGAUGGUUUGUACUCAAUAAAGUCUGAUGUGUUUAGCUUUGGAGUAUUGGUGUUAGAGAUUAUGAGCGGCAGGAAGAACACUAGCUUCUAUAACAACGAGUCACUCAAUCUUCUUAGAUAUGCUUGGGAGUUGUGGAGAGAUGAUCGAAGUUUGGACUUGUUGGAGCCAACAAUAAGAUAUCCUUCUUCCACUUCUAUCAUGUUGAGAUUCAUUAACAUUGGCCUUCUCUGUGUCCAAGAAAGCUCGACUGAUCGACCUACCAUGUCUGAUGUAAUCUCAAUGAUUAACAAUAAACAUGCACCUCUAUCUACACCUAAGCAACCAGCGUUUUCCACCAGCCGAAAUAUGAUGGACACAAAUUUAACAGUUGACAGUGCAAAAUAUUGCUCAAAAAAUAGUGUAACUAUUUCAGCAAUGGAAAUAUUUUUGAAAGCAUCUUUACAGCAAUUUCCUGCCCCUAAAGUGAUUUUCCCUAUAAAAGAGAACCUUAAGCUUACCUUUAUGGGAGCAUGCUUCUCCAUAGCUGCUGAUACCCUUUCACCAGCUCACUCUCUCUCUCAUUCAAAGAGAGAGACCAUAGUAUCUAAAGGUGGCACUUUUGAGCUCGGUUUCUUCAAACCAGGCACUUCAUCAAAAAUCUACCUGGGCAUAUGGUAUAAAAGGUUUCAUGAGGAAAUUGUUUGGGUAGCAAACAGAGGAAACCCUUUGUCUGACCCAUCUUCCUCAAGACUUUACCUCUCAGAAAAUGGCAAUCUACUUCUUUUUGAAGGUUCCUCCGAGAUCCCAGUUUGGUCAACAAAUUUCACAUUUCCCCAGUCAAAUAUAACUGAAGCAGUACUUGGUGAUGAUGGAAAUUUUGUUUUGAGAGGUAGAUCGAACACGUCUUCUAUAUUUUGGGAGAGUUUCGACCAUCCAACCGAUACAAUGCUGCCAGGUGCGAAGUUUGGGGUAGAUAAGGUUACUGGAAAACCACAGCAACUCAUUUCAUGGAAAAAUUCACAAGAUCCAUCACCUGGUGUGUUCUCAUUCGGGUUCAACCCAAAUGAAACCGAUCAGUUUUUCUUAGAGUGGAACAGAUCCCAAAUCUAUUGGAGGACGGAAAAUGGAACAUCUCUCAGCUCACGUUCUGAAAGGAGCAUGUUCUUCAACUACAGUGUUGUGACAAGACAGUUUAGGGCACUGAUGUGGCUACCUGGCGUCUCCGUUUGGAAUACAUUUUGGUCUGCACCGACGAACCUAUCAGAUGUCUACGCUUUGUGUGGUGCAUUUGGCGUGGUACAAUACCCUGACAAUUUCUCAAACCCUUGUGAGUGUCUAAAAGGUUUCAAACCAUUUUCGAUGGAAGAGACCAGACUAAAUGAUUGGUCAGGCGGCUGUGUGAGGAAAUCUCCUUUGCAAUGUGAGAAUAAUACGCAUGCUAAUGGCAAAAAAGAUUGGUUCAUGAAAAUACCAAACAUGCGAUUGCCUGUAUAUUCGAAAGCAUAUUUGGCCGUGAAUGCUAGCAGAUGUAAAUUGGCUUGCAUGGAAAAUUGUUCUUGUGCAGCUUAUGCUUAUAAUAGGAGUGGGUGUAUGAUAUGGGAAGGAGCUCUUUUGAACUCAUUGCAACUUCCAUAUGGUGGCGAGAUUGGACAAGAUAUCAAUCUCAGACUUGCUGCUGAUGAAUAUCCAGAUCCAAGUACCAAAGGAGAGAGCCCUUCAAGUAAUAAUCUACUAUUAUUUGAUUUUGAUACUGAACUCCAUGCAAUUAAUGAUGGAAUGAACACUGAAAAUAAUAUGAAGAAACGAGAGAAGAAGGAUGCUGAGUUACCACUAUUCAGCUAUGAGAGUGUAUUAGCUGCAACAAAUAAUUUCUCAGUUGUGAAUAAACUUGGAGAAGGAGGUUUUGGACCUGUCUACAAGGGAAAAUUAUCUAGAGGACAAGAAAUUGCAGUGAAGAUGCUUUCAAAAAGAUCUGGACAGGGAAUUGAGGAGUUCAGAAAUGAGACAAUACUAAUUGCAAAACUCCAGCAUAGAAAUCUAGUCAGACUCUUGGGUUGUUGUAUCGAGCGAGAUAAAAAGAUAUUAAUAUAUGAGUACAUGCCCAAUAAAAGUUUGGACUACUACCUUUUUAAUCCAACCAAGAAAAAGAUUUUAGGUUGGGAGACACGCAUACGCAUUAUUGAAGGGAUCGCUCAAGGACUUCUUUAUCUUCAUCAACAUUCAAGGUUACGAAUCAUACAUAGAGAUCUAAAACCUAGUAACAUUCUCUUGGAUAGUGAAAUGAAUCCAAAAAUAUCAGAUUUUGGCAUGGCUCGAAUAGUUGGAGGCAAUGAAACACAAGCAAACACAAACCGAAUUGUUGGAACUUAUGGCUAUAUGUCUCCCGAAUAUGCUAUGGAUGGUUUGUACUCAAUAAAGUCUGAUGUGUUUAGUUUUGGAGUAUUGGUGUUAGAGAUUGUGAGCGGCAGGAAAAACAGUAGCUUCUAUAACAACGAGUCUUUCCGUCUUCUUAGAUAUGCUUGGGAGUUGUGGAGAGACGAUCGAAGUUUGGACUUGAUGGAGCCAACAAUAGGAUAUGCUUCUUUCACUUCUAUUCUGUUGAGGUUCAUUAACAUUGGCCUUCUUUGUGUCCAAGAAAGCCCGACUGAUCGACCUACCAUGUCUGAUGUAAUCUCAAUGAUUAGCAAUGAACAUGCACCUCUACCUACACCUAAGCAACCAGCGUUUUUCAUAGGCCGAGAUAUGGACACAAAUUCAACAGUUUACAGUGCAGGAAAUUGCUCAAAAAAUAGUGUAACUAUUUCAGCAAUGGAAGCCCGAUGAUUGAUUCCUAUGUGAAAGAAAAGAAAUGUUAGAGAAGCAAUCUUUUCAGCCUAAUUUGUAUGCAUGUUGAUAUGCUACAUAAUUGUCACUAAAUGUUGUCUUAGUUCACUCAUUUUAGUUUUGUUGCCAAUGAUACUAUAGAUAAAAAUGUGUUUUUUU